GGGUCUGACAGCCGACGUCGCAGCAAUGGAGGAAGUGAGAGUGUUUCCCCUGACCUGUGCUGUGCAAAACUAUGCAUGGGGUAAACAUGGGCUGGACAGCGAGGUGGCUAAACUGGUCGUAGGUGGAGACCCACUAGCUGUCAUAGAGGAUGGCAAGCCUUAUGCUGAGUUGUGGAUGGGUGCCCACCCAAAAGGUGACGCCCAGAUAAAAGACAACAGGAUCGCACAGACCACGCUGGGCCAGUGGAUCGCCCACUUCCCUGCCUGCCUGGGCUCCAAAGUUAAAGACACUUUCCAGGGUCAGCUGCCCUUCCUCUUCAAAGUCCUCUCUGUCAAUACAGCUCUGUCCAUACAGGCCCAUCCUAACAGGGAGUUAGCUGCUCGUCUCCAUGCUCACUUUCCGGAGUACUAUCCAGACAACAACCACAAGCCAGAGAUGGCCAUUGCCCUCACCCCCUUCCAGGGCCUCUGUGGCUUCAGACCAGUGGAGGAGAUCCUGGAGUUCCUUAAAUGUGUCCCAGAGUUCCAUGCUCUGGUGGGCAAGGAGGCGGUGGAGGAGCUGCAGUGCAGCGUGGGAGAUGCAGUUCGUAUAAGCCAGGCACUGAAGAAGUGCUUCACCAGGAUGAUGAACUGUGAGAAGAAGGUGUUUGUAGACCAGCUCAACAUGCUGGUGAAGAGAGUCACUGAGGAGGUUGCAGCGGGAAAGGACACAUCGAGCAGCAACGGUGACCUGUUGCUCCGUCUCCACUCUCAGUAUCCUGGUGACAUUGGCUGCUUUUCCAUCUAUUUCCUCAACAACAUGGUCCUGGAUCCUGGUCAGGCCAUGUUCCUGGGAGCCAACGAGCCUCAUGCAUACCUUUAUGGAGACUGCAUCGAGUGUAUGGCCUGCUCAGACAACACAGUGAGGGCCGGUCUCACGCCAAAAUACAUCGAUGUGAACACGCUGUGUGAAAUGCUCAACUACAGCCCUGCGCCUGCCAGCUCCAAAAUCUUCCCAUGUGUCCAGGACCCUUCAGACCCGUGUGUGGAGCUCUACGACCCACCAGUGCCAGACUUCAGUGUGAUGAGGAUACAGGUACCGGCGUCGGUGAAGCAGUACACCAUGGCUCCUGUUGACAGUGCCAGCAUCCUCCUGGUCAUUGAAGGCGAUGCCGUGGCGACCUCCGUCGCUGCCCUAUCUGAUGUCACCCUGAGGCGGGGUACUGUCCUGUUUGUCUCGGCCAAUGAGAGUGUCUCUCUGCAUAUCACCUCCUCGUCAGGCAUGAACAUGUUUCGUGCCUGCUGCCUCCUGUAGUUGUGAGUCUGUGGCUGUGUGUAAAAUGUCAUACUACCUGUUUAUUCCUUCUCUGGUUUGACUCACUCUUUAGUGGGUAGUGUAUUAGAGGGCAGUGUCGGCGCCCAUCUGUGCCUGCUGUUCCACCCUUACCUAAACUGUGUGUGUGGACUGGUGUGUGUCAACCCCUUUAUACCAGCAGCAGUGUGCUCGAAAUCCAGCAACUCAACAGUUUUGCUGUCUUUUUAACUGAUUCCAUCCAGUUUAACAGUUGUCGUGCAAGUACAUCACAUCCUCUACAGAUCGUCACAAAUCAAAUUCUACUUCGGUGCUCACGAAUGCUGGACAAAGAAGCAUACCAUAAAAUGUAAUGUUGGGUAAAACAAAAUCUGAUGCUGUCCAGUACAAUAUUGCAAUAAAUCCUUCCUUCAUGAAGGUCA